AUGAGCGAAGCUUUCAUGCUUAAUCCCAAGAUUCGCUUUCUUCCUUUCCACCCCUUUCUCUUCCCCCACCCACUCCCACCCCUUUUACCCCCCCCCAUCUCAACCAACCCCUACCUAAACCCCUUCCUGACUUCCCUUCUCCUCCCUUACCCCCGUGGUCGCCACGUGGCAGCAUGCAGCAGUGUUGCGCAAGCGCCAUCGCAUCCACGUGUCCAGCCACCUGGUGACGGCUCCCCUCGAGUCCUUCCAAGAACUGGCCGACAAGUGAGUGGCUGGCAGGAAGGUGAGUGGCUGGCAGGAAGGUACAACUGCCGCCGGCGCUUACUGCGCAAUCUGCAGGAGAUGGGGUUUGAGCACCCCACGGCCAUUCAGAGGCAGGUGGUGCCGCUGCUGCUGCAGGGGCGAGAGUGCUUCGCCUGUGCGCCCACGGGGUCGGGCAAGACUGUCGCCUUUCUGCUUCCCAUCGUCAUGGCUCUCAAGUCCCACUCCCCUGAGGCCAUCAGAGCAGUGGUCCUGGUGCCGACACGGGAGUUAGCGCUGCAGAUAUCGCGGGCUCUGAAGCAGCUGGCAGCGGGCACGAAGCUGAGGGCGCGGCUGCUGACCAAGGCCACUGCCGGCUGCGUGGAGCUCAAAGGGGCGGCAUGCGAUGUGCUCAUCUCCACUCCUCUGAGGCUCGCUCACCUCGUGACUGAGAAGAAAGUGGACCUGAGUCGAGUGCAGCACCUAGUUCUGGAUGAGGCGGACAAGCUCUUUGAGAUGGGCUUCGUGGAGCAGAUCGACGGGGUCGUGGCGGCAUGCUCCCUGCCCGCCCUCACGCGCUCCCUCUUCUCUGCCACGCUGCCUGAAGCCGUUGAGCAGCUGGCACGAUCAGUCAUGCAUGAUCCUGUGCGGAUCGUUGUUGGGGACAGGAACGCGGCAGCAGAGACGGUGCAGCAGAAGCUGGUAUUUGUGGGCACGGAGGAGGGAAAGCUGCUGGCGAUGCGGCAGCUGCUGCAGCAGGGGGUGCGGCCGCCGGUGCUCAUCUUCGUGCAGAGCAAGGAGCGCGCCCAGCAGCUCUUCUCCGAGCUCUCUUUCGAUGGACUCAAUGUUGACGUCAUCCACGCUGAUCGAUCCGUGGCUCAGAGGGAGCAGGUGGUGGACUUGUUCCGAGAGGGCAAGAUCUGGUUCCUCAUUGCAACGGACCUCAUGGGACGGGGCAUGGACAUCGCAGGGGUGAAUGUGGUGGUGAACUAUGACUGCCCGCAGACCACCGCUGCUUACAUCCACAGGAUAGGUCGCAGUGGCAGAGCCGGGCGGCCCGGCGAGGCAGUGACAUUCUACACAGAGGAGGAUGAGCCGAACCUGAGAGCCAUAGCCAAUGUGAUGGUGCAAUCAGGCACUGAGGUGCCGGCGUGGAUGAAGUAUUUCCCUUAG